AUGUCGCUGGAGGCCCCGCCCCCUCCGCCGCCCCCGCCCCCUCCGCCGCCCCCCGCCCGGCCCGGCGGGGCUCAGCUGCUGAAGGCGGCGCUGGAGCAGGGCGGCCGUGGCGCCGAGGACGACGUGCGGGAGCUGCUGAGGCGCAGGAGAGCCAGCUUCAGCGAGCAUUUCAAGUGGCUCCUCUUCAACCAUCCUGUGCCUUCUUUAAUUCAGGAGGGCCCCCAGUGUGGCCUGGUGGCUCUGUGGAUGGCGGGAGCCCUCCUACACCCACCCAAGGCAGUUUCCCUGGAGGAAGUGGUACAGGUGGCUUUGGAGAGAGGUUAUACUGCCCAAGGGGAAAUGUUUUCAGCUGCGGACAUGGCCAGGCUUGCUCAGGAAGUAUUCCCCUGCCGAACAGAGCUGCUCUCUGGAGGCCUGGAGGGACAAAACCGCGAGAGGAUCCUUCAGCAUCUCUUUGCUGGCCUCCCUGUGCUGAUACCAUAUGAUGAAGAUUCGAACCACGAACCCUGCCUCCGUCGUGGCUACAAGGCUCACUGGGCUGUUGUCUCAGGAGCUCUGCUUGGCCUGAAGGGAGACUCCCAAGUGCCAGCCUGCCAGGAAGACAAGGAGCUGCCCGGGCUUUUCCAUGCCACCCCUCCGUGUGGCCUGGUCUCCCUGGGGGCCGUGGUGGAGACAUACUUGCUUUCCAAGCAGGGCAAGAGCAGCCGCUACCAGCUGUGGAACUACCGGCAGGUGCAGGAAAGCAACGCCCAGCUGACCGACUUCAGUCCCAGGCGGGCGGGAGAUGGCAAGGUCUACGUCGUGCCUGCGGGGGGCGUGCGGGAGGGGCUGUGUGGGCAGGCUGUGCUGCUGCAUCCCCUGCCCCCCUAGAAGCAGUUCUGGCUGGGAGAGAGCCGGGGGCAGCGGUCGCCAGAGCAGCAGAGGAACAGAUCAGGCUGGCGGGCCACGAUCCCCAACAGGGGCUGAAUGUCACCCGGAUCAUGUGCCCCCCUCCCCCCUGCUGUAUCUUCACAAAGACCAUCGAUGGUAUGAUGUGGACUUAAACCCCCUAGUCUGACCCGCUGGGCUUCCCUGCCCGUCUGAAAACAGGACAGCAUAAUUUUUUGCACGCAGCAGCAAACUGCUCCCUCUCUCCGACCCGAACUGCCUGUAUGGUUCUCUGGAGCCUCUGAAUAAAACUGCCAGCGUGGUCGUC